AUGAAGCCGCCGGGGCAAGCGGAGCUGCCCUCGCUGACUCCUCCUCCUUUUUCAAACGCCAUGCCUGCUUCUGUCGCUGGCUCGCCCACAGCUCUGCCGGAUAAGUCACGCCUCCUUCCUGCGGCAGUGAGCCCGGAAGGAACAUCAAGCCCAAAUCGGUUGCCUGUGUCGAUUGGCGGGUCUCGUCUCGCCGAGGACUCCACGGCAUCGCAAAAUGAUCAUGAGCAAUGCGAAAAUAUUCCGUAUCUCGGCAAUCGCGGCGCAGGCGCCGGAUGCCCAGGUGCUCUUGUUUCGCACACACUCGACCGCGACAGUAGUCCAUCGGGGGGCCAAGACCUGAAGGCGGAACCCAUGGAAGGGCGCUCCCGUGUCCACUGCCCCCCGGAUGACGGGAGCCGAUACGAGGCGGGGGGAGGCGGAGGCUUUUUGCGCGGGGAGGGACCCGCCAGCCCCCGAGCGUCCCGUGACAGCUCGGUUCGUUCCUCGCUGGACAGACUCUCCGCCCCCUCUAGCGCCGAGGUCCCUUCUUCUCGUCAGUCCCUUGCCAAUCACGCUGGCUGCUCUCCAGCUGAGGCGUGGUCGACCGGAGAUAGCCGGACGGCGUUGCUUCUAGACGAGGACGAGGAUGUCGUGAUGCUCAAGGGCGAAGACUGUGGACGCGUGAAAGAGCUGCGCGAUGAACUGAUGGCGCGCGUCAGCCACGCGCGUUUGCGCCAGUUGAGAGACCUGUUCCUGGAUCCUCAUAGAAAGGCCACCAGGGCGUGGUCGAACGAGGAGAUCGAACUCCUGCAGGCAGACUAUCGACAGAACCACGAAGACUGGGUCGAGGUCCUCCAGCCUUGGCAGGCAACUCCGCUCCAUCUGCAGUCGGUCCCCUUCACGUACUCGGUGUUGAAGAAGGCCCCACUGAAGUUCCCCGCAGUCUUCUGCAAGCACACGCCGUUCUUCUUCCCACAUCCUUCCGGCAUCGGUGUCUUUCACGCGAUUCUUGUUAUCGAGCGUCGCCCCAAAGAGAAGGUUGCGGCGAAGCGAGGGGGCGGGGCGGCGUCACCUACGUCUCCCAAGACGUUGAAGAAGACUGCGCAAGGAGAAUCUGAAACCUGCCGCAGAGAAGACACGAGUCCCCUACCAGCGCGUCGAUGUCUCAGUCGAGGAGGAGGUCGUUCUGCACCUUCCCUUCAAAACACUGCUGAACCCUUAACGGAGGACGUUGCGCGCCUCGUUCUAGUUUGGGAGCCGUAUCAACAGUUGGACGGGACGCAGUCCUUUCUCGAUCGCGGGGAUGAGCGAGGCAUCUCUGGGCAACGGUCUGGUAGGCGUAAAACCUCACAUCUUGCCUUUCCAUCUCCUUGUUCAGCAACACCCGCUCUUGAGCUACCAGAUGACGGCCUCCAACCAGGGGCAUACGCCCACAUCAUAUCGGGGCGUCUCUCUCUCUCCUCUUUUUCGGCUUUUUCUAAAUCCCAAAAGGCGCACUCCCCACGCUCGGAGUUCUCUUCUGUCCCCUCUCAUUCUUCCGUCGCCGCGUCCGCAGACCACUGCGCGUCUCCUUUCGCCUUCACGGCUGUCCAGAGUGCCGACACUGGCGAGGGUGGCGCACCCGCCUCUGCAAGGACGUCUAACAUGCAACAUCAGGAAGCCAAAAGACUUCUUCGGCUGCAGCGCUUGCAACAUAAGCUCCUGCAGGAACUCGAGGAGGCAGAAGUCCCUGAGCUUGUGUUUGAAGGCCGCGUCGUCGGAUGCGAGCUCCACGGCUUCCUUCCGUUCGAGGAAAGAAGACGAAACAGAAAAGAGACGAGGAAGAGGAAAGAAGCAACGCAGCAAGCGGGGGAGGGACUGCCAGCAACACGUUUCGGCACUGAAACAGACAGAGGAAGUAAAAAGCAAAAGACGAGUGAGCAACAACUGGCAGCUGGUGCGGCAGUCAAGAGAGGCACGGAGAAAGCAGCAAUGACAGAGGAGGGAGAUGCAGGAGAAGGGAACAAAGAAGGCGAACUCAGAGACCGCGAGCAAGCCGACCGUGCAGGAGAGGGUGACAGCGCCAGGGCAAAUCUCACGCCGGAGAAAGGAGACACACGCCUUUCCGCUCUUCAAAGACAGGGCGGAGAACAACGUGCCCCUCCACGAGAGGAAAGUAGUCAGCUUGGUGAAAGUGAGGCUGCGACCCUGGGCAGGCUACACACACAAAACGGAAUAAAGGAUGAAGACGAGGGAGGCCACAGCGGAACACAGCCCGCAGCUGCGUGCCGUGAGGAAACUGGGACUCGAGAGCCAUGCGACGAGGCUCGGCUGGGUAUCAGACAGAGAAUGCUCCUCUGCGUCCGUCUUGAAGACGACAGAAUCUUUCUUUAUGAGAUCAGGAGUUUCAUCAACCAUUCUUCCAAAGCCCUCGUCGAGUGGGAAGGACGGGUUCGGGCCGCUGAGCGUGAAAUUGCCAUCGCUGCCGGAAGUCUUCCGUAUACGCAGUCCUCCUGUAUCUCUCAUGAGUUGCCAGAGAGAAGACGUGCGCCGGAGGGCCUUCAAAACGCUGAGAAACGUUCGUUACCCUUGUCGUCUGCGGUGACAGCGAGUUCUUUCUGCAAUUCUGCCGCACCGUGCGUCAAAGGGGAAGAAACGAAGAUCAAACAGUCCACUCACUCCACCGGCGCGCUGAUCGCUGACUGUGAAGCUGCUGAUCCGCGGACACUACAUCGGGGAGAGGUGGAAGGACAAGAAAAAGAAGUGAACAGGAAUGCUGGUGUUUGCAGCUUCGAGAGUGUCUGCACGUUGGUGCGCCAGCGGGGUGAAGCCGCUGCAGGCAAAGUCCACGAAGUAGGGCGCGCGCCGUCCGCAGCGCUAGCGUCUGCCUCAAUUGUCCAGCAGGAGGAAAGGAUACAGGGAAGCGUCGAAACGAAGCAGUGCCCCUCCCGGCAAGAGGGAGAAUCGCAACACGAGAGUGAGGGGGGCUGUCCUUCGCCGCUGAUGCCUAACGCCGCGCGAUGUGAAGGCCUCAACAGCGGAGCUCUGUCUUCGGAAAACCGAGCAGCCGCGCAGGAGAUUGCCUCUUUGCCAGACGGAUGGGACUGCACUUCUUUUCCGGCUGUGCCUGACACACCAGCACCAGGCGGGCGUCCACUUUCCUCCGGAUGCCCAUCCCUUCCUCCCCACACGGGAGGUGAGUCUCCAGGCCGAAGAGACAGCGCGGGGGAGGGGGAAGCGCAUGGAGACGUGCGGUGGGAGGCGAGCUGUCACGCAGGUGGACCGACAGGCUCAAACGAGGUCAGCGGCAUGCCUGUGGCAGGAGCCGUCUCCACUAGCGAGCGCGCUGCUGAAUGCCUCGGCGAACGCCGCCAGUCAACAUUUGUGAGUGAAUUGCAUCAUCGAUCUCGUCCUCCCUUUGACGAGAGUCAACAGGAGUCGGCUUCACCGGGUGGAAAAACCUCACAGUUAGCUUACGUCUCUCUUCCAUCUGCUCAGUCCCUUUCUUCGUUGCCGGGGCGCGGGCCAAGUCCUUUCCCUGCGGCGGGUUCUGCGGCUGCGGAAGGCGAGGCAGAGGAGACGAAUGCUGGAUGCCGGAGGACACGCCGUGUGAAAAAAAAGCACUCUGACAGUGGAGUGGUGCUGGAAGGUGUCGCGCCUCUCGCGGUGAAGGAGAAGCUGGACGAGGCAAAGGAAGCGGAGAGAACUGUCUCAGGUUUCAGACACACGUCGCGAGCACAGAGGCGAGCCGCUUUUGUGGCGGAAGACGAAGGCUUGGCCGCUCGCUGGAUAGAUUGUGACGACCCCAGCUCCUCUCGACGGCGACGCGCAACCAGUCCAUCCAAGCGUGUUGGACUUCGAGGCGGCGCAGGUAGAGCUUUCCCCAUUGCGCCUCUCGCGAUUCUCUACGAUCUGCAGUGGAGCGCCGAGGAGGUGAGAGAGCUUGCCGCGGGCCAGGGAGGCUCCCUUCAGAGCUCCAGCCUUCCUUUUUCGUGCUCGCAGCCCCUCCCCGCUGGUCAGGACGCAGCUACAUGCUCGGUAUCGUGUUCUCUCCCGGCUCUGGAGGGGCAGUGUGGGAUGUGUGGAGGGCGAGAACUCGAUGGUGAGCAAAGAGCGGACAGUUCACCGGAGAGACAGAAAGCCGGUCUGCCGCGCCAAGACGUGGAGGUGAGAAACUCUCCAUCAUCUGUAGCCCUCCGUUUCUUCUUCUCCAUCUGCGAAGAGGACGAAGAUGCGACGGUCUCACGCGAGCAAUCCUUGGAGGCGGUGCACCAGGAAAACCAUCGAGGUGUAGCGACAUCCCAGAAUCAGGGGAAGACUGGGGAUGCUGUAGCGCCCCGCUGCCACCAUACGACCGCCGAAAAAUCCUCUGAUCCCCUGGGUCUCGAUUCCAGUGUGAAGUUUGAGAUUUCAGAAGAUGCUGGCGACGUGGCGCACGUAGGCAACCAGGAAAACGCGUCUCCAGGACCUCAAAACAUCUGCAGAAGACGUGAGGCACCCUCCUCCAACAGAGCAGAGGGAGGUGCGACCAGCAGGGAGGGCCUGCAGGCAGCCGACAAAACACAGGCGGAGAAGAAGAUGGGAUGUAACGCCGCUGCGGAGGAUAUUUGUGACCACCGAGUCGGAAAUGCAAAGAGAAGGAGGAAGAUCGCCAUCCUCUCUCACUUAGCAGCAGUUGCUGGAUCCGCAGGGGGCUGCCCCUCCUGUCGUGCAGAUUGUCAUACAGCCGGGGGGCUGGAUGCCUUGAAUGCCGACAAACCGGCUCGUUGCUGUCUUGGCUCACCGUCAUCGCCAUGUGCAUAUGUGGGGGGUAAAGUGUGUGUGUGGCGGCUGGAGCCGCUGUUAGGGCAGCUGUCGACGACGUCUCGCGCUGCCACAGAGUCAGAGCUGAGACUCUCUCCCAAACACAGUUGUUCCUCUGGCCUUCAUCCGCAGUCUGCCUUCGCGUGUGAUCCGAAGGGGGAGAACACAGCGGCGUUUCCGGCCCUCAGUCAAAUGCGCAACAGCGCCAGCCCUCCACAGAAAAUGCAGCGGCGGUCCACGGAAUCGCCGGGGUCUCCCGUCUGUCAAAGAGAGCGGUACUGCCACGCGCGCACAGGGGGGCUGGAGCGGACGCCAGAGGCGUCAUCAACGGGGCGACUCGAAGCAGGUGAAACGGGCUCGGCCGAAGACGUGCCCUCUGGUUCCUGCGCCUCUUCUUCUCUCCUUCUGUGCGGCGGUUACUUCCCUCCGCACUGUUCCCCAAUGGACGUCAGCGCAACGCCAGGAAAAACGUAUCCCAUUCCUGCAACGGAGAGGGGCCGGAUGCAGGCUGACUGCUGCGUGUCGCUUCAGGAGCACACUCAGGCGAACGGGUGCAAGAAGAGCCUUGGCGACAGAGAAGACGAACUGCCCGUGAUGAUCACUGUGGACACCGGGGGCUUUCUGCGGGCGUGGAAACUCUCACGAUCGUUGGCUGUUUGCUUCGCAGCGCAGCGCGUAUGCACCGGGCCUCUUCUUGCUGUAUCUGUUAAUCAACAGUUACCAUCCCUCGCAGCGGUUGGCGCAGGAGACGGUCGCGUGAGGAUCUGCGACAUUUCCACCUUUCUAACAAAACGGCCGCAGGGAUCUCAGCUUGUCAGCGACGUGCCUCUCUCACCUGUGCGAAAGAACGCAUCGGCUUCUUCUGAUGUAGCCUCGACGUCCCCAUCAGCCAGUCCUUCGGCAAAAGGUUCCAGCUCCUCUUUUGCUCCUCCGUGCGGAGAAUUCAACGUGGCGCGAUGCGCAAGUCGUCAGCCACCUUCCGCAACUGCCUUGCAUAGUCUGCAGACGGCUUGUCCUUGCACUGUCGCCUCUCCUCUUGUCACGCUGCCCUCCCAUCUAGGUGAGGACCUGUAUCGCGUCUUCGGCCGGAGGCAUCCGGUGAAGAGGCUGCAGUGGCUGGCCGGUGGCGCCUUGCUGGGUGUCGUCCACGACCAGCCCGAGUCUGAGAAGCAUCUGGCAGCCUUCGGGAGUUGCGCAGCGCUUUGGGCUCCGGGAAAGGACGUAUUCGACGAGGUCAACGACGCCGCACAUCACAAGCUUUUCUGGGCACGUGCAGCAAAGCACCCGCAGGCUGCAAAAUUUUCACGUCUGAUCUGCGUACACGUCGCUCAUGCCGUUGCAGCUCUUGACCGAUGCGAAGGCGCGACAAGUAGGGCUCUUGGCGUUUACCAGGAACGGAGAGGUUCUCAAGAAGCAGAGUCUUGCGGUGGACUCUCGAGUGCUGGUGGUGGCGCCACCUCUUCCACACUUCUGAAAGCCGGAAGCGCACACAUGCUGUCGUGUGACUUCCUCUUCAGCAGGAGAGGAGGCAUCUGUGGGAUUAGUACUGACACUGCUAGCAUGCUCCACUACUGGAAGCCGGGUAGCUGGCUCGUAGGGGAUGUGGAAGAUAUCGGCGUACUCGCGCGGAAGACGGCAGAUAAAGAACAGCUCUCUCGCGCGUUGCACCAUGUAACGACGCAGAUCACGCUUCGGUCGCAAGCUUCUACACGAGCGGAAAAAGCGAAAAUGCUGCGACAGGCAGAAAUUGCUGAAGACGACGUCGAAAGGGCCACACAAGGGGAAAGCCUCCCGUGCACUCGGGAGGCACUAAUGAGACCGUGGCAGAAGUUCCUUGCUGUGCGACCAGUUACACGAGUGCUCAUGGAGAAUCUUCGCGCCGAGAUACAGGACGAAGCAGCACUCUUUGACAAAUUCGCUGAGUCCGGCAUUCAGUGGUUUGAGAGCAAAUAG